AUGGCUCACUUCAUCCCAUGCUCAGGGCUCCCAAAUGCUCAAGACGCCGCCAAGUUGUAUGUGCAAAACGUGUAUCGGCUGCACAGACUGCCAGACAGCCUGGUUUCCGAUCGGGGCACACAAUUUACUGUGUGUUUUUGGCAAGCAUUGUGGAAGUUGCUGCAAAGUGAAUUAAGAUUGUUGUCUGCUCAUCAUCCCCAAACAGAUGGGCAGACCGAAAGGGUAAACGCAAUUUUGGAACAAUAUUUACGUUGUUACAUGGGGUACCAGCAGGACAAUUGGAUGUUCUACCUGCCGUUAGCACAGUUUGCCUAUAAUAAUGCUGUACAUUCACACACGCAACAGAUUCCUUUUGUCGCCAACUUUGAAUUGCCUUCCACUUUUAAGAUGCACCUGGUCUUUCAUCGGGUGUUAUUGACCAAGGACGCUCCUCCUGACCCUCACUGCCUGCGGGUCGAGCCUGCACCGCCGUUGUUGGUAGAGGGGGAGGAGGAAUAUGAGGUAGAACAGAUUUUGGAUUUGAGAAAACGCCGCAGGUGCCUUCAGUACCUGAUUCAUUGGAAGGGUUACGAUCCCUCAGAACAUUCCUGGGAAACAGAGGAGAAUGUGCAUGCUCCAACUUUGGUGAGAGAAUUCCAUGAGGCUUAUCCUGCAAAACCCAGACCUCAGGGCAAACUUGAUGCCUCCUCUGGCUUUUGGCAGUUAAAAUUCACAGAGGACAGUUCUAAGCUUUGCACAUUCAAUACCCCCUUUGUGAGGUAUUGCUUUCUGCGGCUCCCAUUUGGUGUGGCUUCAGGACCCUAA